GGGUGAGGGGGGUAGGUGGUGGUUGUUCUUCCAGCAGCGGUGGGAGCAUGAUCAACAAUCCAAAAUCAAAACAUGUAAUCAUCAGGAUCCUAGUCAUGGAUGGAUUCAGUUAUUUCUUUUGAGACAUUUUAUUGUUCGAAAUGAGAUCCAUCUUGUCAGACACCCACAAAUGCCUAGUGGUUCCCACCGCUGUCGAAAACUACGGCGAAAACUUUUCGUUCUUCUACCUUGAAUAUCAUCAUAUUUUAGGUUCUUCGUUUAGGUCCUAAUGAAUCGAACUGCUUACACACUCAUUGGUCCCAGUUUGAGGACAUCAAUGGCGUGGAAAGCCAAAAAUGGGAAGUGGCGGCGGACGUCGAUUCUCAUUUUGGUGCUCCUUUCUAUUUUCUAUUUGGAAUUUCUUAUAUAUUUCGUUCAAGCCUGGACCUGGCAGAGUCUGCACUGCCCCACCAAUUCCAAAUGUACUAGAUUUCUGUUUGUUGCCGAUCCUCAAAUACUAGGGGAACUGGAUGAACCUAACAGCAUAACCAUUUGGGAUAACGAUCGAUACUUGCAUCGUACAUUCUUGUUGGCACUUUCUCACAUUCAACCUGAUGCGGUUGUAUUCCUUGGAGACUUAAUGGAUGAAGGCAACCGAGCGAAUGACUUCGAAUUCCAGAGAUAUGUAGACCGAUUCUUUAAUAUAUUUCCAUUGGAAAACGUCCCACAGAGCUUGUUUCUCCCAGGUGAUAAUGACAUAGGUGGAGAGAAUGGUGAUCCUAUUUUACCGUCUGUGGUAUAUCGAUUUCGCCAUAUUUUUCACAAAACUAAAGAGCUGAUUGUCAAUUUGUGCCUAAUUCUAAAGGUAAAUCCAGUGUUGGAGCCAAUGCCCCGUCCAGAUCCCAGUCACGUCACUUCAGAGAAGUUCAUUCGAAUCGGUGUCAGCCAUUUUCCUCUGCUGGGCAUGAGCACUCCUUUUACAGAGAAGGUCCUUAAAGACUUCAAGCCUCAUGUAAUUUUCUCUGCUCAUUCACAUCUGUCACGUCUUCGAGGGCCCACAAUGAAGAAUCCAUCACCAUUAAAUGAUAUGAUUGGUCCAGUUCAGCUAGGCCAGGUGAACCAAACCAAAGACAAAGAUUAUGAAGAUGGUUGGUCUGAUGGUUCGUUCAAUACAGUUCAAGAGAUUGAGGUUCCGACUUGCUCUUACAGGAUGGGCGUCUAUAAUAUGGGAUAUGGUUAUGCAUUGUUUGAUGAAACAAGAAAGGAGCUUCAGUAUGCGGUUCUUUGGCUACCAAAUAGAUUGAUCCACCUAAAAUUGUAUCUGUACAUGUCCUCUUGUUUCGGCCUUGUAUUUCUCUUUUGGUUUAUUUGUGCCUAUGGAAGAGCACACCGUAGUUAAUAUUUUUCUUGUGGGUUUAAACUUAUUUUUAAGUUCAACUCCUUAAUGAAAAAAUGUACCUGCCCUUUCUUAAUGUGUUCUUAGGUAGAUUCACAUUUUUGCUACAGAGAAAUAUUACACUGUCUUCAUGAGUGCUUGUAUUGGCAUUGACAAUUUUAGUCAAGUAUGCAAGCAUGAUGCAAGUUUCAGACUGAUGUUAAUAGGCUUCUGAAGAUGUGAUAAUUUUGUAUUUGUCCCCUUUCGUAUUUUGAGAAUCUUGCUUCCCAUUAUCCGUCCUAUUUUAUUGAUAAUGUUGUUAGAUUUGUAAUCUAAGUUAAUCAUGAGUUAGUAAUUACUUUUGGUAACCACACAAACAGAAAGCUUAGCUUCACGUAUGUACUUACAAAAAUCCAUCUGUGGCACGUUUUGGGCUACCCCUCCUGCAAUAUAUUUUUUCAGCAGUACUUACAUCUUCAUGUUUAUACUUUUUAAGAAGAUUGAACAAAAUAUUACCAGUAUAUGCCCUAAGCACUCCUCACUCCUCCCCAAUAGGCAGCAGUCUUAGCUAUUUUCAGUAUUAUCCCCUUGCCAUCAAAAGCUGCAUUGUUGAUUGUGAAACAUAUCUUUAUUUUGCUAUGUGCUGUGUUAAAUGUCCUAGCAUAGAAGUUUAAUCCAAUUAUUUUUAUCUGCAGUACUGUUUUUUAUUGUAAUUUUAAUUGCCAUGUGUACGUAGUUUGAUAAGCUCCCAUGUAGUUAAGCUUCCAGAAAUUACCGGUAAUUAAAGUCUUUGAAGAAAACAAUAA